CCGCUACUAUGUAUCUUCAAUGAUGCAUCAAUGCACGCCUUCGGAGCAUGUGCAUACCUGAGGUGGGAGACGGAGGAUGGAGAUUACAAGACAAGAUUUGUGGCAGCGAAAUCACGAGUGGCACCACUCAAGCCACUGACGGUUCCGCGCCUUGAACUUCAGGCUGCAGUUCUUGCCAGCCGACUGUACAAGACGAUAGUAGAGCAGCUGACGAUGGAGAUAGAUGAUGUCAUCCUCUUUACAGACAGUAUGAUAGCCCUCUCAUGGGUGAGGUCUAAGGCAAGGAACUUCAAGACGUUCAUUGCUACUAGGGUAGGAGAGAUCCAGAGCAACACAGACCCCAGCAAAUGGCGACAUAUCUCAGGAGUAGACAACAUAGCAGAUGUGUUGUCAAGAGGACUGAAGGCAAGUGAACUGAAUGGGUCAUGGCAACACGGUUCAGACUACCUACAACAGUCAAGAUCUGAUUGGCCUGAGGAAGUGAAGGUUCUUACGAAUCUACCUGACGUUGAGAAGGAGAGGCGUCAUGAGAAGACGGUUCUAGCUGUGGGUUUAAGUUGUGACCUAAUCGAUUAUGAGAGGUUCUCCAGCUGGAGGAAACUGGUCAGAGUCGCAACAUUGGUGUUAAAGUUUGUGAAGAAACUAAAGGCUAGACGGGGAAAGCAGGAGAAUGAGACCAGUAAAGGAAUGACUCCCGCAGAACUAGAGGAGGGAGAGAGGUACAUCAUCAGAGACGUACAGAAAGGCAUGGAAUCACGAAUCAAGAAGGGAGAACUGAAGUCCUUGAGUCCCUUCAUUGAUGACUAUAGAGUCAUUCGAGUAGGAGGCAGGAUAGAUAAAGCGAUGACAUCAUUCGAGCACAAGCAUCCUGCUCUUCUUCCGUAUGGACAUCAUGUUUCCAAGUUGAUUACUCGUCAUGUUCAUGAGAUGAGUCAUAGUGGAGUAGCUGCAACCAUGGCAAAGAUAAGGCUAAAGUACUGGAUUCUACGGGGCCAUAAACUUAUCAAAACGCUCAAGUACAGGUGUACUAAAUGCAGAGCUUUUCUGCAAAAAACUGAGACCCAAGAAAUGGCCCAGCUACCUAGGGAGAGAUUAGCUCCGAAUACACCACCGUUCCACUUCACUUCGUGCGAUUACUUCGGGCCACUAACCGUGCGAGUGGGACGCAACAAGACGUCGAAGCAUUACGGAGUCAUCUUUACUUGCUUGAACACAAGGGCCGUUCAUCUCGAGCUGGCAGUAGAUUGCAGUGCCAUGGAGUUUAUGCAGGUACUGCGGCGUUUUUUCGCUGUGAGAGGACAACCGGCCAGCAUCCUAAGCGACAACGGCACUCAGUUUGUUGGUACUGAACGGGAGUUAAGGAAGAUGACUGAGGGACUGUCCAACGAAGAACUUCAGGACUUUUGUGCUGAGAGAGGUACCGUAUGGAGAUUUACCACUCCAGGAGCACCACAUCAGAACGGCUGUGCGGAGGCUUUAGUCAAAAGCUGCAAACAUGCUUUGAAGAAGGCAAUUGGGGAGCAAGUGUUGGCACCAUUUGAGCUUUUAACUUGUCUGGCUGAGGUGGCGAAUCUGGUCAACCAGAGACCAAUUGGCAGGCUGUCGACCGAUCCAGAUGAUGGCGGAUACAUCUCACCGAAUGACAUGCUUCUGGGACGAGCAUCAGGGAACGUAGCGCAAGGUCCAUUCUUGGAAACGCGAAAUCCGAGGCACAGAGUAGAACUGGUUCAGCGCAUCGUAGAUUCAUUCUGGCAACGCUGGACGCGGGACGUAUUGCCACUGUUAACUCCUAGAAGAAAAUGGAAUGUGCAUCGACGUAAUGUACGCGUUGAUGAUAUCGUUAUGUUCGCAGACGCGAACUCUGUGCGUAGCAAGUGGACAAUUGCUCGCAUAAUCGAGGUGUUUCCGGGUGAUGACGGUAAAGUACGGAACGUGAAAGUAAAGACUAUGAACUCUGAGUACCGUCGCCCGAUCACGAAGAUUGCUGUAAUCUAUCCCGCAGAAGGUUACGAAGAUUAGGUUACACAAGAACUUUAAGUUUGAAACAUUGUAAACUUAAGAACAGAUUAAUCUUUGCAAAUUUUUUUUUUGGAUGUAAGAUUUUCUUCAUUUAUAUCAUGAGGACAAAUUCCCUCAUUGGGUGGGGAGGAUGUUUUGGUAUGAAAUUGUUGUUUUUCAUAUUAUUAAGGAAAUUCAAUCGUUGCGAAGGUAUUUAUUUUGAGAUCGUUUUUUUCCCGUUACUUUUGUAAGCUCAAACAGUUAGAGUCGUAUUUUCUUUGGAUUUUUCUUUCUGAAGAUACCGUAGCAAUUUCUUUCACGGUGGUUUUAGUACGGCAUGUUCAGUUGUCACUCACUUUCAUUUCAACACGUUGACAGGAAGGAAUUGUCAGCUCGUCGUCAUUUGCUCAUUUUCAGCAUGUUAAUUUGUGUCCCGCCACAGAAAUUGAAUAAAUACCUACACCAGUAGGAACUAUACAUUCUAACGGGCACAUCUCGGCUUGUUCACUGAUCCAAACAUUAGGUC